CACACACACAGGAUUCUGGGUUGCGUUUCAGUUUUAAACAAGAUGGCUGUCACUUGUUGGUAGACUUAAUAUAUUUUUAUUAAUUAUUUGUUACGUGGAUUUUAUAAAAAAAUAAUAAUAUAAAAACAAAGCUCACUAAAUAAACAAAUGAAAUAACAACUAAUUAAAGCAAAUAAAUAAAUAAAUUUUAAAUGUAAAUAAAUAAUAAUUAAGUGCCUCGGUAAAAUAUACCUCGGUAUAAUUAAACCGAGUUAUUAAUUAUCCAAGUGUCAAUUAAUACAUUAGACUAUUUUAAACAAUUAACGGGACCAAUUUUAUAUUUGAUAUUAUUUAUUUAUUAUUAUCAUAUACAUAAUUAAUUAUUUGUUAGUUUAAUUUUUUUAACAAAUAUGGGCCAUUUUAAAUAUUUAUAUAUUUAUUAUUCUUUUGAUAACAUGAAUUAUUAUGAUAGCGCGUCAUCGCAAUGUGCCGUGAAAGUAUAAUCAACGAAACAAUUAUUAUUUGUGUCAGUAGUAAUGUUAAUCUGUGUUCACAUAUUAUGACAAUAGUCUUCCUAUUUUUAAUAACGUUAAUUACUCUAGUGUACAAUAAACAAUUUAUAAAUUAAUAGCAAUUGUGUUCGCAAUAAAAAUUAAACCAACCGAUAAACAAAAAUAAUUAAAUUAAAUAAAUAUACUUAUUUUAUUUACCUGGAGUAUAUUACCAGUCGUUUAAAUGAAAGGAAGAUUGGCCGGGAAAGAUUGGAUAGGGCUGGAGAGGAGAAGGUGAAACCUGGAGUCAAGGUGUGGCGGACAACGAAGGGAUGAAUGGAACGACUGCGGUACGGCGUGUUGUUGGGGCCGGUGGAGGCGGAGGUGGACAAGAACCACCACCCGUUGCUACUCUUGUCGUAUACAAGGACGACGCGGGUUAUGGGAUGAAGGUGUCUGGUGAUAAUCCUGUUUAUGUACAAUCCGUCAAAGAAGGCGGUGCUGCCGAAAGAGCCGGAUUAAAACAGGGUGAUAAAAUAAUUAAGGUGAAUGGCGUCAAUGUUAUGCAGUCAACGCAUACAGAAGUUGUGCAGCUAAUAAAAUCAUCGACGCAGGUGGUUUUGACAGUGCAGCAGAAGCCAUUGGGUGCAACGCUAGCCGGUUUACAGCAAGUGGGAACAACUCUGGGAAGUCAACAUCAGCAGCCGAGACCAACGAGUUUAUCAUCGGCAUCAACAAUGGUAUCACCUUCACAAUCCGCUACUUCUUUGCAUCGAGCAUCAACUGCCCCAGCUGGUGGUGCUCCUUGCACUGCACGUAUAACUGGACCCCAACCUGUCGACCAUUCUUUUCCGUUUUUAAUGGUCAAAGCACCGUCAUUUACUGAUUUCGUCUCCACUGCAUUUUAUAAAAAACACGAGAAAAAACGUCAGUUGGAGACACAACGUGUUCAUACAUUCCAGCUGAUGUUAGAAAAGGAGCAGAGUUAUCGUGAUAAAUUACGAAGUGAACUUGCUAAAAUGGGUAUUGGUUCCGGGAAUGUAUCAAACUCCUCAACACUGCAGACUGAGUUAGCUGGAGCGGAAAGACGAGUUCGUACAUUACAAGAUCAAUUAGCUGCAAUAACAACAAAUGACCAGCUUUGCUCAUUGGUAACAAACGCCUCGUCUCCCUCUGGUCAUUAUUCCAGUUCUGGUAGCAGCACCGGUGGUGGUAGUGGUGUUGUUAUUGGCGACACACCGCCACCCCUGCCUUCACGUAAAUCCUUGUCCAUGCAGAGUUUGUCCCCACCUCCGUUGCCUCCACGACCACCUCCACCCACUACCACCUCAAACACGCACAGCGUAGUACAGUUGGAGCUGGAGAGACAACUGCUGACUCAUUUAACGUCCCCAACCACCAGUCAUGGUAUACCUAACUCUUUCUCACAAGACGCACAUUUGGGUUCGCCGAACUCACUUAAUAAACAUCAACGUACAAAAUCCUCACCCGAGCAAUUGGGCUCGACUAUGAUCUCACCGUCAGAGGCCAGUAGACUACUAAUAGCGUCAGAAUCAAUGAACGACUUAUCACCAUCGAGACACCUCCAUCAGGGACAUGGACGUCUAAGCGGAAUUGAUUUAGAUGAUCCGAUCCAUAUCACACCACCGGGCACACCACCACCGCCUUAUCCCCAACCAAGUCCUGGGAAUGAUGUCUUAUCGACCACCUUGAAUGAAAGCGUGGAUAGUUUUGUAACAGUAACGCCAACCCGUCAAUUGUUGAAUGAAAGUAGUCCUGGAUUACCGCAAAUUCAACAGCCUAUUAUGUCUAUGGAAGACGAUGACAUGAGUGAUCAAGAAGUGGGUCAACUCGAAGAUCAUGGACCAUUUAAAUCUUUAUCAAGAUUGUGGGAACACCAUGCACAUCUUUCUGUUUUUAUAAAUUAUGUUUUAUCAAAUAGUGAUCCUUCAAGCUUGUUAUUCUAUUUGGUAACAGACUUGUAUAAGGAAGGUAAUGCUAAGGAAAUGAGAAAAUGGGCAUAUGAAAUUCAUUCUAGCUUUUUAGUACCUGGUGCUCCUCUACGACUCAAUAACGUAGAUGAGAAUGUCGCACGUGAAAUAGAUGACGUACUUUUACGAGAAUCAGAUAAAGAAGAAAUAUUACGCAAGAUAUUUUGGAAGGCAAGAACAAGAGCGAAGGAAGAAUUGAAUGAACAGCUUGCGGACUUCCAACAAAAAAGAACAGCGGGACUUGGUAUGUUAUUUGGGCCGAGUGAUGCUCAGCUUGACGAAAGUGAAUCAGAUAAAUCUAAAGAAGCAAAAAUAAUAGAGACUUAUCUUCUUCCUAAAAUGGAUCCAUAUUUGGAAGAUAUUGAAAAAGAUCAGUUAGAUCUACGUCAAUUUACAACAGCCGCUGGUUUAGCGACGAUAUUGACUAAAAUAUUUCAAGUACGAUCUGUAUCACUUGAUCGUGUGCCGACAUUUGUCGCUAAAGAUAAAUCUAAUAUUAAAGCUCGUUUGCUUACGGGUAAAACAAGAAAAAUGGCAGUAAGAGGUCAUCAUUUUGGAGCACAUCAAUAUUUUACUGUUACGUAUUGCAAUCAUUGUCAACUUAUUAUUGGUGGGAUCGGUCCUCAAGGUUAUCAAUGCAAUGACUGCUCUCUCAGUGUUCACCGUCAAUGUGUUCGUGUAGUUGAGGAAAGUUGUCCAGGACCAUUGUCACGUAAAGAACGCGGCAAUGAUCGUAUCAGUAAACUUAUGGAUCGUAUAAGACCUGAAAGAAAACCUCCAUCAUCUCAUCAUCACCACCAUUCCCCAAAUCAAAUGCAUCUAAAUAAUAAAUUAUUUUCAGUCGAACGUUCAAAGCGUCUUGACGAAGAAAAUUUAUUAGGAGACUGUGAAAAUGGAGAACAUCGCGGGGGCGGCGCAAGCGGAAACACCCGUGGUAGUGUUGAAAGAGGACGUAUUUCCGGUUACGGUGAUCAUCUUGAUAGUAUGGACGAUCCUUCUUCACGAGAGGAUAUCUCUGAAAUGGUGCAGCAAAAUAUUUCCAGUAAACCAAAGACGUCAAACAUAAAUCGGUCUGAAAGUUACAAGGAACGGAUACAUCAUAAACGACAACUUCGUGAAAAGCGAAAGACCAGCGAUCCAAAUCUGUCGAAAACAAAUGACUGUGACGCGACAGGUGCAUUCCCCGGUAAUUCUGCUGGCAGUUCAUCAAACAGUAGCUUAUCAACACGAAGUCUAGACAGUCCAAGUACCAGUUUAGAACAAGUUCAUCCAGCCAAUGCUGGUCAUCAUACAUCUAACUCGUGGGACAGUGACGUUGAUGUUGAACCAGAUCCACCAGAUUGGAAUCACGGCGUUGCUGAAGAAGUUCUCAGUAAUCUCAGUAACUCAGAGAAGAAGAGACAAGAAGUUAUAAAUGAACUAUUUCAUACGGAGAGGUCACACGUACGCGCACUUAAAGUACUGUCAUACGUCUUCCACAAGCCAUUACUUGAAUCUCAAGUUCUUCCAUUGGAUCAAGUACAAUUACUAUUUUCAAAUUUAGACGAAAUGGUGACUAUUCAUUCGCGCUUUAACCAGGCAAUGAAACGUAAAAAAAAAGAAAAUCCAUGCGUGGGUGAUGUCGGUGAAUUAAUAUUGGAAAUGUUCGAUGGUGAAAAUGGUGAGACAUUUGAACGUGCUGCUUCAACGUACUGUGCUAAACAACAAGUUGCAUUGGACGCAUUGCGUGACAGACGUCGCAAAGAUCCUAAAUUAAAUUCAUUUUUAAAUGAAAUAGAAUCUAAUCCCCUGUGCCGACGAUUGCAACUCAAGGAUCACAUACUGACAGGUAUGUUGAGAUUGACCAAGUACCCAUUGCUAUUCGAAAAUUUAGCAAAGUAUACACCUGAGAGUAAUGAAAAAGAGAAAGCAGCGGUACUGCGUGCUGUUGAACGCAGUAAAGAGAUACUCAGUUUAGUUAAUCAGGCUGUGCGUGAAGCUGAAGAUUGUCAACGUCUUACUGAAAUACUUCGUAUGAUCGAUAGAUCGGCAUUUGAUAAAUUUGAUCAUCCAGCAGUCCAAGAGUUUAAAAAUCUUGACAUUACUAAACGCAAUUUAAUAUUUGAGGGUCCAUUGCAGUGGCGGAUUGUUAAUCGUCCAAAGCCCGUUGAUUUACACGUUGUAUUACUUGAUGAUACGAUACUAUUAUUGCAUCGUCAAGAUGAUAAGUAUUUAUUAAAAUUUACAAACACAAAUCAAGUUAAUUCUGUGCUGAGUCCGAUUUUUAAAGUAUCGACAGUACUUGUGAGAAAUAAUGCUGUUGAUAAAAAUUCACUUUACUUAGUUAAUACAUCGCAAAAAGGUGCGCAAAUAUAUGACUUGGUAGCAUCGUCACCAGCAGAACGUAAAUUGUGGUGUAAACAUAUAUCUGAAGCUGCUGAAGCAUACAAAACACGUAAUCGUGAAGGUAGACGACCGUCACCGCCUACUGUAUUAAAUGAAGAGCCGUCACCAGCGCCAGAAGUACCACUCAAUAUGGAGACUGGUGCUGCUGAUAAAGAAAAGUCAGAUAAAGUUGGACCACAAGACCCUAAAGACAAUGAUAAUAACAAGGAACAGAGUUCAACGAGUAUUGAAACAACGACGAGCACACCAGCAGCAACGCAGCCUGAAGAAAAUACUCAAGACACUCCGGCAACUGAUGAAUCCUCUAAAUCUAAACCUGACGAAUCAACCCAGUCGGCUGAUCAGAAUCAUAAUCAAAAUCAAGAUCAACAGCAACAGCAGCAACCAUCACCAGCACAACAACCGCCACCGUCAUCAUCAGCUACGUCAUCGGGAAUUGGAGAAUCAAUGAGACUAGUUACGUGUACGCAGUGUUCACUUAUUGAUCCUGUUGAAGUUCACGCAGAAGUACGGCCAGUUCAUGUCGCAGAGCCAGUUCUCACGCCGAUAGAAUCACUCAGACGAAAAGACGAAGUUAUUAAACAAGCGCUCGAAGAAAAACAGUCAUUAGUUGCUGAUAUUUUAAAUAUUCCAAAAGAAGAUUUUGAACACGUUGCUGAUAUUGCGUCAGAGCCUUCAGAUGUGGAAAAAGAACCUGCUGAAUUAAUUCUUGCGGCUAUCAGUAAAGCUAAUCAGUUAGUUGGUAUACUUAAUGCAGCGCUUGCUGUUACGGAAACUGAAGCUGUCUUGGCUACACGGGGAACUAACGCAACUGCUAGUACUGGUUGUGAUGCUGUGGGAUGUCCAGUACCACGUUCACAUCCACAUCCACAUCAACCUGUAGUUCCUGUUGUAACUCUACAACCUAUUUGCCAUUCUUUGACUGCACAACUUUCACAGUUUUUGAAAAUCGUGAAAGAAAGAGAUGAGGAGCGGGAAAGAUUACGUAAAGAGUUACAAAGAUGUAGAGAACGGCUUCAUGCAAUCGAUGCCGAUGCACAGCGUAGAGAGCAGUAUCAAUUUUCCACAAGUACCACUCAAACACCAACAGAUCUCGGGGAUCAUAUUUCCACAGAAGCCACUGAAGAUAUUAAUAAAGAAGAAUUCGUCGAUGCAUGUGGUGAUCCUGACGUCGAAUUAGAAACAAAUGAUAGUAAAAAAAAUACACCAGCAACGGAAAUGAUGGGGGACAGUGUCGGUUGAUAUAUUAUUACAGAUUAAGAUAUAAAUUAAUUUAAAAAUAAUAUUAAUAAUUAUUAUUUUGUCCACUUGGUGCAUUUGUAGAGCGUUUAUUAUGAUGUUCAUUUUAAAAUAGUGGCGCUCGUACUGAAUAUGCGAAUGGAAAUCAAAAAAAUAAAUAAACAAAAUAAAAAAAAAAAAAAGAAAUAAAAAAGAAAAGAAAGAAAAAAAAAGAAAAUUAUAAUGCUGAUAAUUAAAAAAAUUAAUAAUUAAUUAAUUAGCAAGCUAUUUGCUACGUGUGUUUUAUCAACACAUUAAAUUGUUAAAUAUCAAAUUUUUUUGCUAAAAAAAAAAAAUAAUAAUUAAAAUUUAAUUUUUAAUAAUGCCUUUAUCCCAAGGAUUUUAUGUAAAUAGAUCGAUUUAUUAUUAAUAUUUUUUCCACUCUUUAUUAUUAUUAUAUUUUUGUUGUCGUGAAUUUAUAUAUGCUAUUUUUUUGACAAGGUAUCAAGUCACAUAAUUGACUCUACAAUUAAAUUUUUUGUAACGAUAGUAUUUAUAAAUACGUAAGAUUUUUUAAUACCGUAAAAACAUAAUUGAAAAAUUUUUCUAUAAUAUUUAUAUUUAAUUAGCAACAAAUAAAAAAAAUUUAUUAUAAAUUAGUGAAUGUAAUUAAAGGAA